GUCAGAUCGCAGUAAUACUGUAUUGUAGGUCACAGUCCACCAUUACUCAGACGGAUGAUGGCAGCAGCGCGCUGACCGCACACAGCUACUCUGCAGGAAAUGAGCAGUAGAAGAAGAAAGUAACGCUUGGAAAAAGCAAAAAGCUCCAGUACUAUCGCCGCGUCAGAUGAUUAGCUAACAGUAAAAACAUUGUUAAACGUUUGACAGUUCGUAUUUCCUUUUCAGCAUUACAAAAGCGGUGUACGUCGUCAAUAAUGUAGUUAUAUUAGCCCGUCAUUUCGACUUUGAAGCCCUUUCUCGCAGCGCUGAUAAUGCCGAAGAUGAAGCUACCGAUGAAAACGGGCGAGGAAGGAGGCGACGAGACGGCCGAGGACGAUUCACUGGAUCAGUCGGAGCACCAGCAUAUCCCCGGGGCGGUCUCCCCCUCCUCGGUGUCCGACAGGCUGGAGGAUUCGCCAAGACCUCAUGUGCACCCACCCCAGCUGGACAAGGAGACAGUUUUUGAGUGGUUCGGCCUACAUCUAAACCCUGCUAAGCGGGUCGAGUUCAUGUGCGGGCUGCUACAUAUGUGCCAGCCCCUGGAGCUCCGCUUUUUGGGAUCUUACUUAGAGGAUCUCGCUAGAAAAGACUAUCAUGUUUUACGGGACUUCGAGUUUCGGGCAAAUAGUCCGAGCGAUAUGGGGCUCUUAACGGACGUGAUUGACCCGGUGGUCAGGUCCAAGCUCCUGGUCUGCCUGUCCCUCCUCGGGUCUGACAGCAGGGAGUGUGCCGGGAUACUCUUUCGGAUACUGAGCCAUGUAGAUCCGGCCUUGUUCUACAGAAACUACUCCCUUCCUCCAUUCAGGGACCACCCGGUCCACCCACCGUGUCAGGGCGGGAGUGUGACCGGGCGGACAGAGCAGUCCUGCGGCGUCUCCACUAACGACACAGCGGCAGGAGCUCUGGAGCAGCUGGCGCUGCUGUUCACCAUGGCCUCCCUACACCCAGCUUUCCAUUUCCACCAGCGGGAGAUGGUCCGAGGGCAGCUCGACAAAAUAGAGCUCGCUAUAGAGGAGGAGAGACGUCAAAGUCAGCGUCGAGCAAACGCCCAGACAACGGAGCUGAUGGGCCCAAAGGUGGACUACCUGCCCUCCCCAGCUCUGGGUUUGGGGGAAUGUACGGACUCCCAUCCUUCUUGCCAGAGCCGACGCUCCAGCCGCUGGGCAACACAAAGAGAAGCGGUGCAUAUAGAGGGAAUUGUGCUCAGGGGCAUCUCUCGGACCAGAAUAGACAAGGAAUACAACUUUGAGGUGAAGUGGUCUGACUCUUCUUCUAGUAGUGUGACCAAAACUCAUCUGGAACUGGAGAACUUCCUCCUUAAGCUUCCUAAGGAUCAGUGCACUGAGUCUUUUGAGAAGGGCAUCCUGAGACUUCUGAACCAGGGGGACCAGUAUGAGAGCAGAGAGGUGGAGAAGAACCUCAGGGAAAGGUUCCUGUCCGCCCCUCCAGUUUUCAGACAGACCAGAAAGGUCUGCAGCUUCUUCAAUUGUGACUCCAGUUACUCUACGAAACCGACUUGCUGCAGAUGCAACUGCCAGCUGGGAAAGGCCUACCAAGGAGACUGCUCUGAUGCCUCCAGUCAGGAGGAAGAUUUAGAGUCGUAUGUUCAGGGACACAAGAAGAAGCAUGGGACCAAGAGUCCGUGUCCAGGUCUCUCUAGUGCCAAAGGCCCCCAGGGGGACAGUCGGAGGGGGGGCCACACUACAGAGCUCAAUGGUCCAGCAGAGAGGAGGAAGAAGGGCUGUACGCUGAGAAGCAGCCAGGAGGCUGAACAGCACCAGGAAAGUGAGAAGAGAAGCCACCCGGUCACUAAAAGCAAGAGCAGAGUCCUGCCCACAGACAGAGACAAGGGGAAGGUGAAGGCAGCUGCCUAUGUGACUAAUGGCGGUUUGGUGCCGGCUCUGCCCCCUCAGAGGAAAGAUGGGGGUUCUGGCCCGGAUACCUUUGGUGAAACAUCAUCAGAGAGCUACAGCUCUCCAUCCAGCCCUCAACACAGAGGACCAGAGAGCCUGGACAGUGAGGACGACAACAACAAAGGUAAAACAUACUAUACUGACAGCCACUCUGAUGACUCCAGCAAAGGUCCAGGCCCUGACAUGUUCUUCACUAACCAGACUGUUCCAGCUGUGGUGGGGGAGGUCUCCUCUGUCCAUCCUCUGUCUCCCAACAACCACCAGGCCCACAUGGAGUACCCCUGCCCAGAGACCAGCAAAGACUUCCCCCCUCUCUCCUUCAUGCCUUCUCUGCCCUAUGUGCUCCCCAAUGGGGCCGCUGACCCUCCGCUUCCACUGGUCCCCCCUCCCAGCCAAAACAUCGUCCCCGAUGGGAAGCCCUCUUCUGGGCCGCUGAUGAUGCAGAUGCCCCUAGUGCCUCCAGCCGUGCUAGGCCCUGGAAUUGUGGGAGACCCAGAGAAAAGGGACAUGCUCCAAACCUUUGGGAUUUCACCUAUCGGGCUCCACCCCGCAGGAAGCCCUGCUGUCCAGCCUCUGGUUCAGAGGUUCAAAACAGCUUUGUCUCACAGCCAAGGUGGCCCUGAUGGAGUGUCAGGGAGCGGUUCUACUCCUGCUGCCCCGCAGGCUGCUCACCAAGCCCCUAUAAGAGCCAUCAGUGUCAUGUCUUCUGGCCCCACGUCCUACCCCUCUCCUCCUCAGCCAUCUCUGCCCUGCCAAGACCCGGCCAGCGUCAGCUCAGGCCUGCCCUCCUCUCUGCCACUAGUGGAGACUUCACAUGCCAAGCACCCCGGCUUAACAUUACCAUCUGGCCUGCCUUCUCCCUACACCAUGCCCCCUGUCCCAACCUCUGUCAUGCCCACUGUAGGAGCACCUGCAGUCACUGGAAUAGCUCCAUCUCCUGGACAUUUACAAGCAGCUGUUCCUCCAGCUGUGCCCACACACACCCCUGGACCUGCCCCCAGCCCCAGCCCAGCGCUUACCCACAGCACGGCACAUAGCGACUGUAUAUCCUACAGCAACAGCAGCGCUUCCUGUGGAAGUGCCCCUGUUGCCCCUGGCAAUCCUAUUACUCUUCAACAAACCCAGCAGCAACAGGUGGCCCCCCAGCAGCCAACACCACCACCACAACCACAGCAGCAGCAACAACCGAUGGGCUGCGGGACCUGUGGCUGUCACAACAACUGCGGCGGUCGAGGCAGCAGCAACAACAGCGUCAGCGGUUGCCAAGCGCCCUUGUUCUUCCCCACCCACCAGAUGGCAGCAGCAGCACGCCAGGUGUUCAGCGUUCCACCACCUCUCUUCCAGCUCACAAGCCUGUGCAGUAACAGCUACCUCACCCAGGCCCAACCUCCUCACCAGGCCAACGGUGCUGCCACCCUGCCCCCCUUCUUCCCGACUGCUCCGCCUCCCGGCCACCCUCCACCCUACGGCCCCCUCCACACUCACCCUCACAGCCAUGCAGACGUACCGUCACACAUGCUAGGCACCCAGGCUGCAGCAGUGGCAGCCGCCGCAGCCGCAAACUACAACCUCCAGCAGCAGAUGGCACCGGCGGCAUCGUUCUGCCAACGCGUCUACCAGCACGUCUACCCGAAUCAUCUGGGGAUGCUGCCCGCUGCUACGCUGGGAGGCGGCGGAAUCAAUAAGAAGAACGGGAACGUGUCCUGUUAUAACUGUGGUGUGAGCGGACAUUACGCUCAGGACUGCAACCAACCCUCCAUAGACUCCACGCAGCAAGGAACAUGUAGGCUCAAGGAAACCUAUUCAGAAACUGAAAACCCCCAAGCUCACUUGCUCAUGAUUAGCAGGCUGCAGGUUCUCCACAUGGGGCCGCUGUUCAGCCCAGUCACACCAGUUCCACACCUGCCAGCCUGCUCCAAGUGGCUUCCGGUUAAAGUACGCAGCCUCCCACAUUUCAGAAGCACUUGAUAACGCUGACUGAAGAAGAAGAAGAAGAAGAACGGAUGAAGGUUCCUCUGCUCUUCCCAGGCACUGUGUGUGAGCAGUGCACUGACGCUUCUGUGUACUUCAGGAAAAACAAAACAAAAAAAAAAAAACAUUCUCAAAGAAAGAGUGACCUGCCAAGGGCUCAGUGGACAAAGCCUAAGUACUUGUGCCUGAGAAAAUCUUGUUUCCAUGGAGAUGAUUUCACUGUCUCGCGCACACGAACAGUCCACGUGACUCCCGGUCCCUUCCCUUUCAGUUUGUUUUUCAUAUUUUUGCACUGAGGGUUGGAAAAGAUUAACUUAUUACUUAAUUAUUAGGAAGAUCAGAAAUUUUUGAGGAUUUGUUUUGUUUUUAAAGUGGAGACUAGUCUCAACUAAAAAAAAAAGUUCUUAUACACUUAUUUCUAAAACAGCGUAUUUAUGCUUUUUCCUCAUUAUUACUGUUCAUCUAGGAUUUUAUUGUCUGAGAAUUGUACAUCAGUUUUCAAAGAUUUAAACAAGAAUCAAAAAUGUAAUGUAAGCGAAAUGGAUUUUAUGUUUGUUCAUUUUCAAUCUUGCUGUAAGGUUUUGAAUGUACACCUUCUCAUUUAAGGAAUCUGACUGUAUCAAAGUGUAUGGAUCUCUCAUCCAUUUUGGCCACUUGAUGUAUGUUAUGUUGGAUGGUAAUUGCUGCUUUGUAAUUUUUAUGUUUUUCCGUUUUUAAAAGUUGUUUUACUUGGUGAUGUGCACUAUAGCGAAGCAGGAACACGAGUGCACUAAAACAGUCCUCACUACAACCGCACAGAUGUAAAGAUUCAUUGAUUUUUCAUCUGCAGAAUCAACAUGAAGGAGCAAAACCGAUGAGAAAUACAGCAUUUUGACUGUUUUAGUAUACUUAAGUGUUUCAGGUGUGAAACAGCUUUUUAUGGCUAACGUUUUAGAGUGAGUGAGACUUCUCAGUGUUCUAAAUUAAACUGCAGAUACUGUAGAAAUACAACAGAAGAGAAAAUCAUUUCCUCAGCCCACUUCAGUCUCAGUCAUCGCAUCUGUUUCAGAAGAUAUCUGCCAGAUUGCAUUGCUACUUUCCCCUCCAUUUUUUUCUUUUUCUUUUCCUUUUGGGGACCCCUGACCGUUUCUCUAAAGCCACUAUCGGGCCAAAAUUUCCACCUGUACACAGAAAACAUACCUACAAAAUUUAUUGAGCACAUCGGAGGAAGCUUUCCGUUUUGGAUACUCCAUAGGCUUUGAUAACCUUCAAAACAGGACAUGACAUUUCUAGCCACUACUGGAAAGUAUCUAAAGGCCUUGGCAUGCUUCAAACCAACUAGGUUUCUUCUGUCUUUUGCUCGUCUUAAUAGUCUCGAUGCAAAUUAAUACAAAUAACGCCAGUGCUGCAAUCUUUCCGACAGUUUCUCAUUAUAAGCAUUAAUGGUUGUACACACAUAACCUGGUUACUUUUACACCUCUGCACACACUGACCAAUCACUGUGUGAAGUGGGUAUGAAUGUCUGCUCUUAUUCCACCACUGGAAAGCAGGUUUCACAUGCUGGUAAAGGUUCACAAUGCUUGACAGGAAGUAGUUUGUACAACAUGCUAUAUGACCACGUCUGAAGUUUUUCUAGGUGUUCUAAACAGCCACGCAGGUGAAAAACCUGCCAACAUAGAUAAUCGUUCAAAUGUGAAUAACGGUGCAGAUGUUGGGACAGUCUCUUCUAAAAGUUACUUAUGGUGUUGUACUUACUCAAAGUGACGAAGUUGUGCAGAAAAUGAAAGAGGAGAGCUGCAAAGCCAGUCAGUUCCUGUGUAAACUGGGUAGAACAAAAUUUAGAUGAUCACAUAAGUGUUUUGUGUGAAGCAUACUGAGGCCUCAUGAAUAUUACAGUUGGGUGUUAGAGUGGCACCGUUAGACUUUCACGGUUUUAUAAUUUUUUUUAAAUGUUGGACAAUUCAGUACAAAAAUGUGAGCUUUUGCCUUCAUCAGUGUAUGAGGUUCAGUUCUGCUGAUGGUUGAUCCAGUUUUUAACUGUUUGGUGGAUGAUAAUAGACAAACAGAAUGGACAUCAAGACAUUUCUAUUUCUAUAGAAACAAAGCACUACUCGACUAUCCUAUUGUUAUAUUGAUGUUAUGUAGAGUUUAUCUUAUCUGACAGCUGUGUGUCAGAGAAAUCCACCCACUUGUUCACAGCUGGUUCUAUUGUCAGCUUAUAAAAAACGGUAGAAUGUUACAGUCUGAAGUUUCCACACAGGAAAGCAAGCGUGUAGUUCCUGCAUUCAUUUUUAAAAAAGAAGGGAAAAUGAAUACAUCUGGAAUAUCUGUUUCGAUUGUUAAAUGAUAUUUUUUUUCAUCCGCAAAACCGACCGGCCAAUUCGUCUUCGGAACUGAGAUACACAGUGUAAACAGUCGGGCUGCCUGUAGUGUGUUCCCACCUUUGAUUGGAAGUGAUGAGCUCAUAGAGGUUUCAAAAGGCUUUCUGGGAAACGUUCAAAAUAAUGAAUGGAGGCCAUGUGUGAGAAAGUGAGGUUCUAAAAGUUCUCAUAUCAAUAGCUGUGAGACGUGAAGAUAACAUUGAACAUAAUGUAGCGCUGUGAGUCGAGUGUAACAAGAUUCUGUGGGUGGUUUCUGUCCUGACCCUCCCUGAAGAUUACCGAAAAAAUGGUGGAAAAUAAUUUCCUUUUUUUAAAGCCAUCAGUCUCCUGGUAGCACAGCAGCCAUUUUCCUCAGUGAUGCUCUCAUUUGUCUCAAGUUAUUGUUUUAUUUUCUCAUAAUUAAUGUGAUCAUACUGGAUGUAUUUUAUGCUUUGUUAGCAUCGUUUUGCCCACUUGUGUUUUUCCUCAUCAGGGGGGAGUGUGUGUAUGUAUAUGUGUGUGUGUGUGUGAUGCCCAGGCUGCUCUUUGAUUGUGUUCAGCCUACUGUCAGUGCAUUAGUUCAGUGAAAAUCUAUGCAUACCCACUUUGUUUUGACAGAAAUCUGUAAAGGACACGCUGUUGUCAGUACAGACAGUCUCCAGUUUGAAUUUGAAUAAUAUUUAUGUCCCAAAAAAAAAAGUGUUUCCCAUAAAGUUCUUCCUUUCAUUUGAGACUUGAAGUGGGUCAGAAGAUCCAGUGAUCACGAGCAGUGAGCAUCAAUGAUGUGGACCAGUCAGACUGUAAGUGGAUGAAGAGGGAAGUCCCCGUGUAGAUACUGAGGACGCACCGAACAACCCAAGUGUAGUUUUGUUGACCUUGAUGGUUUGAAAAAAAUAAAAAAAAAUGCUGUACUGUACAUUUGCAAGGGGUCACUGCUGCCACCCUCAGUUGUAAUGUUUACUGUACUCUUUGAUAUCUAUGUACUGGAAAGGUCAAAUAUAUUUCUAGAGCGGAAUUUGGAUUUUAUGCAAAUUGUUGAUCUGUUUUUUUUCCUGUAAUUAAAAGCAAUAAAUAUAAAAAUGUAAA